AUUCAAUAGGUCCAACGUUACUAAUAUAGACCUAUCUGCUUAGAAAUCCAAAAUGCCGAUGAACAUGUUUAUUCUGCGAUCCCUCGUAGCCCUGAGCCCCUUCGCACUUGCCGCAUCGGCGGCCUUCCCUCCGAAACCAGAACAUGUUACGAUCGUACAGUCAACGAAGUUUCCUGGUGUGUCGAUCUCCUACAAGAAGACUAGCAUAUGCGAGACAACUGAAGGUGUCACAGGCUACAGUGGCUUUGUGAACCUCCCGAUUGACCUAGCGAAGAAUCGCAAUUACGAGAGCCACAUAUACUUCUGGUUCUUCCAGGCUCGACACGACGCAGAGAAUGCUCCGCUCUCCAUCUGGCUCCAGGGAGGCCCUGGGGUACCAUCGAGCCAGGCUGCUGUUGGCGAGAACGGUCCUUGCAUCGUCCUUGAAGACUCUAAGACAACAAAGCUUAAUCCGUGGUCAUGGAACGACAAAGUGAACAUGGUAUACAUCGAUCAGCCACUGCAAGUCGGAUACUCAUAUGACAGAUUGGUCAACGGAACACUUGACGUGGUUUCGUCUCCCUUUGCGUACAAGCCAGCGAACUUCUCUCAGACCGGCGUACCAGAGACAAACCUCACCUUCUUGACCGGAACGUUCCCAUCUCAGAACUUCUGCAGCACUCCAAAUACAACGGUAGCAGCUGCGCCAUUCAUCUAUGACUUCAUGCAAACUUGGAUGCAGGAAUUCCCCGGAUACAAGUCGAAGGACAACCGCUUCAGCAUCUGGGGCGAAUCUUACGCGGGCCACUACAACCCCAUCUACGCGGACUACUUCGAACAGCAAAACAGCCUUAUCGCUGGAGGAAGUCUCAAAGGUUCUGCAAUAGAGCUUCAUAUCGAUACCAUUGGUCUCGUCAAUGCCUGUAUCGACAUCGAUACACAGAUCGACUACUACCCGGAGUUUGCUUACAACAACACCUACGGCUUGCAGUUCAUCAAUGAGACGCAGUACGAGUCGGCUCUUGCAGCCUCACCACAGUGCAAAAACCUCACGGCAGAGUGCAGAACAUUGGCAGAAGCGAAGGACCCCAGAGGCUUGGGAAAUCAACCAGAUGUCAACAAAGCUUGUCUUGAUGCUUUCUUGUACUGUUUCUCGAACCUACACGAUGACUUCGACAAGUCAGGCCAGAACAAGUUCGACAUCGCCGCACCCAACCUUCCUGAGACUCUCCCUCCCAAGUGGGCUGCCGGCUACCUGAACGACGCCGAUAUUCAACAAGCUCUCGGUGUACCACUCAACUGGACUGGCCUGUCAUUUCCAGUCGCAGUCGGCUUCAACGCAACAGGCGACUUCGUCCUUGGGAACGGGCUCAAGAAACUCAGCAACCUCCUUGAGAAGGGCGUCAAAGUAUCGCUUGUGUACGGUGAUCGCGACUACCAGUGCAACUGGCUCGGUGGUGAAGCCAUCGGUCUUGCGCUAGGGUCUGCCGACUUCAAAAAGGCGGGAUACGCAGACAUUCAGACAAAUUCGUCGAAUGUGGGUGGUUUUGUGCGACAGCAUGGCAACUUGUCAUUUGCGCGAGUCUUUCAAGCGGGUCAUGAGGUGCCGUACUAUCAGCCCGAGACUGCAUACCAGAUCUUCAACCGUGUCAUGUUCAAUAAGGAUGUCCCUACUGGUGAGGUAGCUGCUGCCGACUACUCCAGCUGCGGAUCGAGCUCGGCAUGGACUGAGUCGGUGCUGCAUUUGGACGAGGAGCCUGCGAAGUGCUACCUUUGGGAUGUCUUCGAGACGUGUACGGAGGCGGAAAAGGUUAUUCUGAGGAGUGUGAAUGCGAUUGUGAAGGACUUCAUCUUGGUGGGGGAGGUUGGCGGGAACGGUACUAAUAGCUUUGGUGCGUAGUUCUUGUAGGCACGAUGACAAAGUAAUGCCGCAUAUCUCUUCUUCAAGCUCCGGCACAAGACCAGGGCAUCUAAGAGGAGGCUCACAAGCGAGAAUUGUACGAAAUUCACGUGCCAGGUAACCAGGAACCCCGAAGUGGUCAUCGAACGCUCGACGU